CGAAGAGUUUUCAAGUCAGAAAUUAUCGAUUUUAUGUGCUUGAAUUCGUUUUCUUCCAAUUUUUUUCGGGUUUUCGAGCAGUUGCAAACAGUUUUAAAAAACCGGCAUCACUGGGAGUAAGCAAAUAUCAACAAAAAGACAAACGAACGUAACAAGCACAACAAAAGAGAUUUUUUGCUUAAAUUUUUCUUAUUUGAAUGAGAGUUUUUUUUUUACACUAAAAGAAAUUAUGCUUUAAAACCUAUUCUAGUGAAAAAAAAAAAUCCAGAAUGUUUGCACUCCUGUACUCAACAAGGAUAUAUAGAAAUGUACCGUUCAGGUUAAAUGUAACUCGCAGCUUCAAUGUUAAAAGUUCAACAAAGCUUGGAUUCCCCUGCAGUUACACCGACGAAGAAACCCGAAAAAUUUUAGCUACUAUAAAUGAGCAAGGCGUUGAGCAGCUUUACAAGUACGACAUCUCUAAGUCUCGUUUAAAAAGAAUUGAAGUGUGGCGUAAAAAGUUCGGGAAGUUCAUGUCUCUUGACCAAGUGCUAGAACUAGAUGGAUUUGGAAUUACAAUUUUACGCAGAUUUUACGAUUCAAUCAUCAAUAGUUCGAAAGACAACGUAGAAAUUGCUUCCAAAGUUAUUAAAAAAGAUCCAUCAUUUACAUCACCUGUUUUUCCCGUUAGUCUCGCUACUAAAGUUAAAAGUUGCGUUUCUUUGUAUAUAGGUUUAGAUUUCGUAACUUGGGCAAAAUUUGAUAUAAUCCAAAAGACACCAACAGUGUUAACCGGUUGGAAUAGCUUCGCGAUUCCUGAUCGAAAGUUACAUAUUAGUGAUUUAAUCCGUGUUGUUAGUCAGAUCAACCAACUUAUACCAAAGGCGGAUGUUUAUGUAGUGGAAAAUCCUGCUGUUGCACAGAUGGCCAUCGGUGGAAGUGCGAUCAAAACUAACAUCAACGUUCAAAAAUCACAACUCAUUGCCAUGAUAAUGGUAAUUUUAACAAACCGAACUAAAGAAAAUACGGAUAUACCGGAGAAUGUUUUCUUUCUCAAGCAAUACAUUUCCGCGCGACUCUUUGGAAUCUAUGUUGGAAAUGAGCGAGUUUCAUGCGAAAACGUUGUUCGGUCUCUAUUGGAACGUCAAAUUGGAUUGAGUGAAGAUUCUAUAAAUCAGAUUCAGUCUAAAUUAACCGUUCCUUCGGGACUCAAAGUAUUGUACGAAGAAAAUCAGGAUGCUGAACGAGAAUUUUUAGGACAAUCGUUACUACUAGGGUUGACAUUUGUGAGGUUGUGUAUUGUAGAGUGUAAAGAUAGCCUUAAUACAUUAAAAAAAUGAAUAUAUGACAUAUUGUAAUUAGAAAACGACAUUCAAAAUUACAAAAUUUGGAAAAUUUUA